UCAGUUGAAAGCGCAGCUAUGACACACACAUGGCUGCUGAUAAUUGCUCUAGCUGGCAGUGUCAUUGCUGUCGACCGAACACCUUUGCGAUACAUCCCGUUCCGGUGUCGAUCCGGUAUAUCCGUUUCGAUAACGUUUCGCUGCGAUGGAUUCGCUCACUGUCCGGACGGAUCGGAUGAGGAUGGUUGUGUGGCUGCAACGGUGCUCGAAAGCCCUCCCGAGAUGGUCCAGGUUCAAGUCGGUGAGUGGAUGAACCUUACGUGUCGUGGAGCGGGCGUUCCACCUCCAAUCGUUAGUUGGAAGAUGAAUGGAAAUGAGCUGCUGGACCCAGUGUGCGAUUGGGUGUCGGAAGAUGGAACCGGCCACCUGUCCUGCCGGAUGAGAUUGAUUGACGCAGGGAACUAUUCCUGCCAUCUAGCGCAUCCUCUAGGGAGAGUUGAUGUUACACCGGUGACGGUAGCUACCGUGGAAGGGAAUGCUUGUCCGAAAGGGGAGUUCCUAGCCGGUGAGGACAUCAACAAGCAAUGUAUGAAGUGCUUCUGUUCCGGUGUGUCUGAGCUGUGUCAUAAGGCGGAGCUUUACCGUUGGAAUUACACGAUGGCGAUGGACGACUGGAAAAUGGGAUACGCGACGUGGGAUGGCCGUGGAGCAGUGGAGACGGUGAAGAGUAUCAAAAAUUUCGCUUCCAAUCGAUCGCUUUACUACAGCCUUCCGUAUCGAUUUAUUGAGUAUCAAGUAAAGUCUUAUGGUGGAUAUCUGAGAAUCCCAUUAGAAGCAGAUGAACCUGGAGAAAUUCCAGAUGUGAUUCUUAUGGGCUACAACCGAACGAUCAUUUACAGGAAAACCCCUUCCAACGUGAUCUUCAACCAGACUCUACAAAUAAAGCUACACGAGUCGAGUUUCACCCAACAAAACGGAUCAUCGAUCGAUCGGCCAGAGUUCCUCACUGUACUUGCCUACAUCGAUCGUCUCCUCAUCCGCAUGAGACCUACAAAUGGCCACUUUGAACCAAGCUCGAAAUCGAUUGUGAUGGAUUCUGCCAGUGACUAUCAGCGAGGAAUAGGCAAAGCGACCCACGUGGAACAGUGUCGAUGUCCUGCCGGAUUUCGUGGAACCUCCUGUGAGCGGUGUGACUUUGGCUAUAAUCGAGCGUCUGUUGGACCUCCGAUGGGCUUAUGCAUGCCGUGGGAAUGGCACCGGAAGCGGUACGUCCCAAAGAGUACCCCUCCAAGAACUUACCAUUACGUGUAGAAAGAUAUGGGUGAGUUGGAGGAAUGAAGCGACUUACCUAGAAAUAGACAAGAAGAGAAGAAACUUAUUAAAAAUCGAUACUGGUGAAGAAACUACAAGACACUUUAAAGGGCAAAAUAACUACACAACUCAUUCCUUGAUCGCCCCAAGUUACAUGCUCCGUUCUUGAAAGACUCAAGCGUGUGUUUUUCGGUAUGUUGUCAUCUUGAAUCUUCCUGUUUUGUUCUUCUACGUCAUCCCGAUCUUAACCCCCUUUCCCUUGGCCAUCGCACGCUCUCGCUGCCCUUUCAGUUCGUUCCGGUCCGUGGACUGUCGGUGAGAACUUUUACCCACCCUGGGAAAAUGUUUUCAAACCCCCAUUCCUCGAUCCAUUCCGUCACCCUUCCUUGCACUUAUCUGUUUUUGUGUACGUGUGUGUGUGCGAGUGUGGCUUUCACCCACGCCAACGGAGAGCGUGUAUGUGUGGCAUCUUCCAGUAAAAAAGCACAUUUUAAGAUCAUCAACAACGACAACAACAACUCAGCGCAAAAGUAACGGGUAUGUAGAAGACGACAAAAAAUAAACCCUCAGGUCCCUCAGGUGGGUCUUAAGC